UGUUACACAGAUCUCCUCACUCCUAUCUGUCAUUGUGUCCUGGUUAUCAUCACCUCCAGAAACCCUUUCGAGGACAAGCUGAGGAGACUUAAAUUCAAAGCCUUUUUUUUAGUUUUUAAAAUCAACUCACUUUUAAGUGCCAACGUUUCCAGGUGUUGCUCGCAGGCGUCUGUUGCAGUCAGGAUGCAGCUGGUGACAUUUACUGUUCUCUCCUCCACUCUGCUGCUUCUAGCAGUGAUCCAUUCUGUGUAUCUACAGCCAGAUUGUUCUCAAGCCGAGUCAUGUGACCUGUGUGUCGGCGAUUCCAUGCUCAACCUGACAGGCUGUGUCUGGAGGCUUUGUCCAAAUGGCAAUGAUACAGGCAUGUGUGUGACCGAUGAAGGGGAUUCGGCAGACAACGGCAUGAACUGCAGCUGGACCAGAGUGUCUGAAUUGUGCACAGUUGUAGAGUCUGUCGCUGCGGGAGGUGGUAAAACCGUUUCAGGUGAUGACAGCAACACCAACUCCUCCCCCGAGUUCUCCCAGGCCAAGUUCGACAUGUCCAGCUUCAUAGGCGGCAUCAUACUCGUGCUGUGUCUGCAGGCAGGCGGAUUCUUCGCCAUGCGCUUCCUCAAAUCCAAAGAGCAGAGCAGCUACGACCCCAUAGAGCAGCCACAGUGAAGACAAGAUAAAUGACGGACAAGCAGACGGUGCAGAGAAGGACAGCAGAACGGUGACUCAUCUGGUUAUGACGACAAGAAUCUUUUUUCCUCUCCCUUUUUCCCCCUGUCGUUUUUUUGGUCUGGUCCCUGUGUGUACCCCCUGGGGGAUGGGUGUGUUUGUACGAGGACAUAUUCCCAAAAUACUGCAUUGUGUAACAAGUGUCUGUGCAUGAGCUCACUGCAGUAUUUACAGUUCACGAUCAGUGUGUUAGAUGCACGAUCAAGCAAGACUUUGAUUUCUGCAGAAUUUUAUGCAACUGCUUUGUGAUCAUACAAUUCACCUUACACCUUAAAUUACAGUAAUUUAGGUGUUUAUACUGUUAUAAAUAGUGUGGUGCAGUUAUAUUAUUACAUUUAGGCUGUAGUUUAGACAAGGUCACAACAAACAUUUUAUCCAUCGUCUUUGAGUACAUUUCUGUUCAUGUGCAUUUUGAUAACUUUCUAGAGUUUUUUUUGAAACAAAUAUAACCAAAUGUUAACCUGUAAUGUAUGAAAUUAUUGAUUAAUAUAAUAUAAAUAUAGUAACCAAGGUCCUAAAGUCCACUCACAGGCUGUUAUACCUCUUUCCGUCAAGUUGCAGUGAGUGUUGGUGCUGCUGCGGAUGCAGGGAGACGUCUUCCUUUAGUGCCUUUUGAAGAAAAAAAAAAGUAAUCCUACAUUUUAAAUGGUUUGAGGAGUGAUUACAUAGCUUUACUAGCAGUGAUGCUUCUUCUAUUUCCAUGAGAAGAAAAUCAUGCAGGCUAAUUCAUUCACCAGUUAUUGUUUAAAUAUUUUCAGCAGGUCCUUGUAUAGCCACUGACAUUGCUGCUUCCAGCUUUGGGGUCGUCUGUUUUAUGGUGGCCUGCUACUGCCAGUCUUAUUUUAGUGGGGAAAAAAAAUAAGCUACAGCUCGGACACCUGCACCUCACUGAUGGAAAGGAAGUGUUAGAGAUAACAACUGUGAUAACAACCUGUGAACCACUGAGAAAGACACACCAUAACCUAAAACCUGAGCCCUAAUAGUAGAGUCAGGAUUUCAAUCUUUAUAAAAACCUCCAGUAAUGACCCUAGUGGUGCAUUACUUUUAUUUUGAUGCUCUUACUGUCAGUAGUUCAGACAAUUUCUAUCUUAAAAAAAAAACAAAAACAAAAAACCCAACGUGGUAGUGAUGGAGAAGAACUCUGACUUGAUUUCUCAGAUUUAUAAUAAAGUUUGAACCAUUUGAUUGCUGUUAUAAAACAGGUGACAUAGAGGUGAUCCUGUUUAAAUAAUACUAAUGUUGGUUAAACUCAUUAAUAUGAGCUGUUUGAUUUUUUUUGUGAUGA